AUGGCUGACAGCAGGCUUCUCUGGGCUGUAUGGGGUGGAGCUAUACGGAGUUUACAGGAACUGCUGACUGCCGGGGAGUGCAACAUCAAUGUCCAGGACUGGAUUGGGCAGACACUACUUCACUGGGCUGCCAGGAUUGGCCACAUACAAUUUGUCCAGCUUCUCCUCCAAAACGGGGCUGAUACCAGUAUACAGGAUAAGGAUGGGUGCACACCACUUCACGGGGCUGCCUGGUACGACCACACGCAAUGUGUCCAGCUUCUACUCCAACACGGGGCAGAUACCAAUAUACAGUCUAAGAAUGGGUGGACACCACUUCACGUGGCUGCCGAAAUGGGUGGACACCACUUCACUGCGCUGCCGAGUGCGGCGACACACAAUGUGUCCAGCUUCUCCUCCAACACGGGGCGGAUGCCAGUAUACAGCAUCAGGUAA